AACAAGGAAUUAUAUAAAUACGUAUACACACAUCUUUAUCUCUGUCUUUAAGAGUUAACGAAAACACCAUAGAUUUAGUCACAUGUGGCUCUCUUGCAUGUUCUGUCAUUAACCCGUCCAUCUCAGUCUUCUCUCUUCCUUCGUCUAUCCUUCUGUUCUCUUCUUCUUCUUAUUCUCUGUUUAGUGGCUGUGGUCUCGUUUGUAUUGGUGAAACAGAAACAAGUAAGGCGAUCUUUAACUCUGGCCGACACAUACGCGGGUUCGGCGUUGGUCGGAUCAAGAAGUGUUUCCUUUUUUUCCGGCAUUAUUUCUCCUUCUUCUAUAUUCAUCGUUUUGGUGCUCUCGCAACUUCCAAUAGAUUACGGCUGAUUUUAUUUUUUAUUUGCCACAAAACAAUGAAGGUUUUCCCAUGCUUUGCUGGAUUGAUCCGUAGAAAGAAAAAUAAGGGGAAUUCAAAGCCUCUGCCACCGAAAACACAGAGACUCCUUCAGAUCAGACUUCAUGAGGAGCCAGUGAAGCCUCUGGACAAUGAUGAGCCUAACAUCGCAACCUACGACAAGGACAGUUCUACCAAGAACGAGACAUAUGAUGGCGAAGAUGAACGCGACGACAAGGAUUCAACGAACCGUGAGUUUCCUAAAUCUCUUAAAACCAAGGAGAUUGUUAAGGAAGUUACAGAUACUUCUGAGAAUGGUGAUGAUGACGACGACGACGAAGAUGGACACGUUAGCGAUCCAGGAUUAGGCAGAGCCACGGCUUGGGUGACUUCUCCUAAGCUUAAACGAUCCUGCUCCACUCUUAGCAAGUUCAAUGGCCGGUUCCAAGGUUCUGAUCUCCAUGACCUGAGAGAGACCGUUCCAGUUGGUUCUGAAUCAGUGAGGUCUCAUAGAAGUGCAGAUAGAGUGAUGCUCAAGAAACACUCGUCGAUGCAGAUACUUCCCUCUGGGAGCCGGCGGCUCUGGUGGAAACUGUUCCUAUGGAGCCAUAGGAACCUUCACAAACAUCGUGUUUCGCUAAAGUCACAACCUUUGAACAAGAACCAUCAGUCUGGAUAUACCUCUGACUUUGCUGAGCACAACCAAUCUAGCCAUGACGAAUCUACAAACAAUUGUGCUGAGUUCACCAACCAGCCAUCAAACUUAUGGCCUCGUCAUAAUCAGUGGGUAGCGUUCUCUGCGGAAUCCUCUUCAAUGAAGCGAGUAGACGAGUGGGUAAAAGGCCUCGCUGUCGAAACCGCAGUUUCAGUAACCGAGGAUAAGGAUGUCUUGGCCAGCUUACAAACCUCUCCUAAUACCGAGAGAUCACCCUCAAGAAAUAUGGCUCAUUCCGGAAAUGUCGCAGAAGAGAUAGUGCAUGCAAAUAGCCUAAUCCAAUCGCUGAGCAAAUCCUCGAGCGUGGCUCACAUCUCGAGCAUAGGCUUGAAAGCGAUCCCAAGCAUCUCACAUUUCACUAGCCUCAAGUCGAUUGACCUAUCUAACAACUUCAUAGUUCAAAUUACUCCUGCAUCGCUACCAAGGGGCCUUCACGCGUUGAACCUGUCCAAGAACAAGAUCAGUGUUAUAGAAGGACUGAGAGAUUUGUCACGCCUAAGAGUACUCGAUCUAAGUUACAAUCGUAUUUCGCGCAUCGGACAAGGUUUAUCAAACUGCACACUGAUCAAAGAACUAUACCUCGCGGGGAACAAGAUCAGCAAUGUAGAAGGCUUGCACAGACUACUGAAACUCAUUGUUCUCGAUCUUAGCUUCAACAAGAUCGCCACCACCAAAGCAAUAGGCCAGCUCGUUGCCAACUACAACUCUCUAGUCGCUCUGAACAUCCUUGGAAACCCGAUUCAGAACAACGUAGGUGAGGACCAGCUGCGAAAGACUGUCUCCAGCCUUCUUCCCAAGCUAGUGUAUCUUAACAAGCAGCUCAUUAAGCCACAACGAGCUCGGGAAGUUCUUAAAGAUAGUGUAGCGAGAGCUGCGUUUGGUGGCGGAGAUUCUCUGCACCACCGACGCAAAAGAACAUCCACCAAGAAAGUUGUGGGAUCAGCCUCCCCUAGCGCUCACCACCGAGGCCACACUGGAAAGGGACGUGGAUCCAAAAGCAGAAGCCAACAUCAGCUAAGAAAAACUUCAGCUGCAGAGACACCAUCGCAUUGAAAAUCUCAAUUUUUUUUGUAUGGAACUUAUGAAUUGGCCAACGUAAAAAGAUCUCCACCAUACCACCAUUUAAUGUUCUCCAUCUUCAAGCUCAAACAAAGUCAUCUCUAUUCUUUGAAUUAUCGACCUCUGUUUCUCAUGGGAGAAUCUGUGUGUUUCUAACGCUUAUGUUUCCGGUUCGGUUUCAUUCUGAUUUACCCUUUUUUGA